CGAGGACGCGCUUACUACUUCCUUCGCGGUGGCGAGUGGGAGAGAGAGACGUAUUCGUCUGUGCUCGUUAACCUGCGAUGUUGAGUUGAUUUUUAAUCCCGAUCACGCUCGCAGUACCUUUUUAAAACAGAUUAGAGCGCUAAAUAUGGCCAGCAAAGUAUGGCACACAGAAUUGUGGAAGUCUUGGGAUAAGCAUGGAAGAAAUGAUUUCCUCAAGCUAAUCAAGCACAAAUUUAAGGAAGGCAACACACCAGAAUGGAGACGUGGAUUGUACGAAUUAAUAUCAAAUGGAAUCCAUGGGAACAUAAAAAAGGACAAUGUAGUCCAGACAUUAGGUGAACUUACGAAUUUGGAUGGAGCAAUAGCAUCUACAAUAGUAGACAUAUUAACCUUAUUUGAUGCGGAGGCAUACAACGAGGACAGGAACAACUUUUAUUAUAUCGUGAAAGAAUGUGAGAAGUUUUUAACAGACAGAAUAUUGAAAGAACGUCUAGAAAUUGAGACUUUACAAGAUGUAGGAACAUUAAAAAACAAAAAUUUUCAAACCAAAUUCAUAAAAGUGAAGACGAAAUUAUAUUAUAAGCAAAGGAAAUUCAAUUUAUUUCGCGAAGAGAGCGAGGGUUAUUCCAAGCUCAUUGUAGAAUUAAAUCAAGAACGUCAGGACAACGAGGUAGCUUCGACACUGGAAAUUGUAAAAUCUCUUAUUGGAUAUUUUAAUCUUGACCCUAAUAGAGUACUCGACAUCUUACUAGAAACCUUUGAAAAUCGACCACAAGACGAUGCAUUGUUUAUUCCCGUAAUACGCUCAUACAUGAGCGAUCAGCAGGUACUCUGCGAGGUAUUAGGAUUCAAGUAUUGCUCCACCAUGAACGCAACGCCGUUCUCGCUACAAAAGGUCACCGCGCUCAUGCUACAACACGGCGUGAUCAAACUGGACGACAUAUUGCCCUGGCUAGUGCCAGAUGAUAAAGCCAUCAUAUCAGAUCAUGAACAAUCGAUGAAACAGGCUAAGGAAUAUGUACGGAAAAUGAGUGUGAUCUCGACGAAAGACAAGGAGGAGGUUGCAGAAGAGAAGGACAAUUCACAAGUAGAAAAAUAUGCAAGCAAUCAAAAGUUUGGACUAUGUGAAGCCCUCCUGGAAAUCGGGUCUUGGGAGGUAGCUCAAAGCUUAUUUAACCGCUUACCAGACUACUGUCUCACCGAUCAACGUCCGAUAGCUUUAGCACUGUGUAAAAUGAUCCAGGCUCUUAUCGAACCCGUGUAUAGAAAACACUGCAUCAUCUCUCCAAAAUUACCAGGCCGUAAAGUGCCUCCUUUAAAAAGCUCCCUCGCGCCAACAUCGAUACAAAACUUGGACGACAUUCACGAUCACCUGCUGCCAAUGCUGAUUGUUCUCGGACCGAAUCUGCACCAUGAUCCUAUUCUGAUGUAUAAGGUGAUGAGGCUGUGCAACGCCGCCCUCAGACCGCUGGACGAAAACAACCAACCGUUGAACAAGAACAGCAGAUUAUAUCACGACGUAUUGACUAUUCUUGACGUCGCUUUACUGCCCUCGCUUUCUUUCAUGGACUGCAAUUGUUGCGUAGCCGAGGAGUUGUGGAAUAUCCUCAAGUGCUAUCCUUAUCAAAAUCGUUACUGCCUGUACGCGCGCUGGAAGAACGAAACACCGUUGCAGCAUGCCGCUCUUUUGCGUAAGCGCGCGGACGCUCAGAAGAAAAUCAAGUCGAUUAUGAAGCGAGUCAGUAAAGAGACCAUUAAGCCCGUCGGCCGAUCAAUCGGAAAACUCACUCAUUCUUCGCCGGGAGUAUUAUUUGAUUAUGUUCUCGUACAGAUCCAAUUGUACGACAAUCUCAUAGGACCUGUGGUGGAUUCUUUAAAAUAUUUGACAAAUAUUUCGUACGACGUAUUAGGGUAUUGCCUAGUAGAGGCAUUAGCAAGUGCUGAUAGAGAUAGAUUUAAACACGACGGCACUAGUAUAUCUUUAUGGUUGCAAUCUUUAGCUUCCUUUUGUGGAGCAAUAUUUAAGAAAUAUAACAUCGAACUCAAAGGAUUAUUACAGUACGUAGCAAAUCAACUUAAAGCUCAAAAGAGCUUAGAUCUAUUAAUAUUAAAAGAAAUAGUACAAAAAAUGGCUGGAAUCGAGGCAGCUGAAGAAAUGACGUCCGAUCAAUUGGAUGCAAUGGCGGGUGGAGAUUUAUUGAAGAACGAGGCCGGUUACUUCAGCCAAGUUCGCAAUACAAAAAAAUCUUCAAUGCGUUUGAAAGAUGCUCUUGCUGAACAUGAUCUCGCAGUUGCUUUAUGUCUGUUAAUGGCUCAACAGAAGCACUGCGUCGUUUAUAGAGAAACCGACAAGUCUCAUCUCAAGCUCGUUGGCAAAUUGUACGAUCAAUGUCAAGAUACACUGGUACAAUUUGGAACAUUUUUGGGAUCUACUAUGACUGUAGAUGAAUAUGUAAGACGAUUACCUUCGAUCCAUUCUAUGCUCCAGGACAAUCAUAUACAUUCGGAUGUCGCAUUUUUCUUAGCGAGACCGAUGUUUGCACACGCCAUAAAUACGAAAUAUGAUUCUCUCCGCAAAGCCGAUCCAAAUUACAAGAAAAUGUCUACGGCAAUGAAGCAAUUGAAGUAUGCGGAGGCCGCGCAAGCCGUUAUGGCACCUGUCGCUCAAUCAGUUAGACCAUUGCAUCCUCUAAAAGUGUGGGAGGACAUAUCGCCGCAAUUCUUGGUCACAUUUUGGUCCCUAUCGAUGUACGAUUUGUAUGUACCGGCAGAAAGUUAUCAGAGGGAAAUUAGCAAAUUAAAGCAAUUAGCGACACAAACUGCUGACUCCAAAGAUAUGAACGUGAGUAAAGGAAAGAAAGAGCAAGAGAGAUACACCACUCUUAUCGAAAAACUACAAGAGGAAAAAAGGAAGCAAGAGGAACACGUCGAGAAAGUCUUUGCGUAUCUGAGACAAGAGAAGGAUACAUGGUUCUUGUCGCGAAGCGCUAAAUCUGCGAAGAACGAAACGAUUACACAGUUUCUACAGCUAUGCCUAUUCCCACGGUGUACGUUCACGACUGUGGACGCCAUGUACUGUGCGAAAUUUGUACAUACCAUCCACUCCCUGAAGACUGCGAACUUUUCAACUUUGCUUUGCUACGAUCGUCUUUUCUGUGAUAUUACAUAUUCAGUCACCUCGUGCACAGAGAACGAAGCAAAUCGAUAUGGCAGAUUUUUGUGCGCCAUGUUGGAGACUGUAAUGAGGUGGCAUUCAGAGAAAGCCAUAUUCGAUAAGGAAUGUAGCAACUAUCCAGGAUUCGUGACAAAGUUCCGCGUGAGCAACCAAUUUUCUGAAGCAAAUGAUAUGGUUGGGUUUGAAAAUUACAGACAUGUAUGUCACAAGUGGCAUUACAAAAUCACAAAGGCUAUUGUAGUAUGUCUCGACUCCAAGGAUUACGUGCAGAUCAGGAAUUCAUUGAUAAUAUUGAUUAAGAUAUUACCACACUUUCCUGUUUUGGCAAAACUUUCUCAGAUCCUUGAACGAAAGGUAGAGAAGGUGAGAGAGGAAGAGCGUGGCCAACGUCAGGAUUUGCAUGUCCUAGCCACGUCAUACAGUGGACAACUGAAGGCUAAAACUCCCAGUAUGAUACGCGAAUCAGAUUUUCAUCAUGUGGGCGAUAAGACUGGGAAGACACAAGACACUACAAAUAGUGAUACAAACGAAAAGGUCAGUAACGGAGUCGCGGUGAAAGAGAUUAAUAACGGAGAUACCCGGCCAGAAAAGGAAAAUAAAGAACAACGAGAAAAGCGAAAUUCAUCUAAUCCAACACAUCAUGAGACAUCUGAGAAGCUCAGAAAGAAAGAGGACAAUAAGGACGUUUCAGAAGCAAAGGAGAAAUAUACAAAAAAAGAAGAAGUGAAAGAAGAUGAAGGAUUAGAUAAAAAAGAACGCAAAUACUAUAAGGAAGAGCACUACUAUAGCAGUGGUGUAGACAAUUUAGAUCGAGAUCUUUCUAGUGUGUCGAACAGCAGUGCCAGUUCAGGACCAACACAAGAAGGCCCUGAGAGAGAUGCAAAAAGAAGAAAAGUAGAGAGUGCUCCAAAGCAGGAAGGAAGACGCGUGGAAACUGUUCUUGAUAAGAAAGAGCGUUCUAGCAAAGGGAAGGCGCGCGACGAACAGAAAGAGUUGCGUAGAGAAAAGAAACAGGGACGGAAAAGGGAUCGGACGGAAGAAUCUGUGGCGACUACUGAACAAAAACGAAGAAAGGAUGACGAAAGAGCUAAAGGGACACAUCAGAACGGCGACAUUCCUGAGCACAGAGAGAAGCAUCAUUAUAGUAAGGUUACACAUGCACGCAGAGUACGAGAAACUUAAAACUUGAAGAAACGUGCAGUAUGACUAGAUUAAUGACGAAAUAAUGAUUGUAAUCUUUAAUAUAUAUUAAAGUUCGCGAAAACUUUCUGAAGUGUAUAUAACUAAUGUAUUCACAGUCUUAUAUCUUGGAAAAUACGCGUAUUUCCGAUUUUGUAUUUCGAAUAUUUUGAUAAAAUUUAUUGCAACAUUA